UUCUCACACCCAAUCAUCUCUCUCUCUCUCUCUCUCUCUCUCUCUCUCUCUCUCAGUCUUAGUUUCUCUGAAGCGUCAACUUUCACUAUUUACACUUCAAGCCCUUCCAAAACCCUCGAAUCUUACAAAAACCCCCAAAUCUUUCACCUUAGCCCUUCGUUUCCUCCUCUCAGUUUAACUUCCCUCUGUCAGUUUCUCUCUCCUUUAUCACACAAAAAUACCCCUUCUUGCAAUUUUAUGGACUUCUAGGGUUUCAUUUAUUUUUCCCAUUCAUUUACGAGUUAGGGUUUCUUUUUGCUGGGUGUUAAGAGCAGAGGAGAAUUGGAGCAAUAUCGGAGAUUUGUUUCGAUUUAAUGGAGGCCGCAGCGGCCAGUGGUGUCGUUGCCUCGCGCGGUGGUUCUUUGCCGAUGCCAUCUUCUAGGAAAGAGUGGCGUGCCGUUUCUGACCACCAUUCUGUUCGAAGCGGCGGUGAUGAGGAAUUGGAAAGAUCAAAUUUGGGGCAAUCAGCUGAGAGAACAAUAUAUGAGGUGCAGCAUGGAAGAGAACCUGCUGAUGUGGACUUUUGUUCGAUCACUGUGGAUGGGAGUUUGGACAAUGACAUUUUGCAGCAGCGAAUUCACAGUAUUACUAGACAAAGAGAAGAACUGCAACAAAUGGAGAUCGAAGUUAAAGCUCAGAUGAUAGCAAGAUCUGAGAUAAUAGAAAUGCGAAACAGCUUUGAUGCUCAAAUCAAAGAGCAUGAGGAUUCUGCUGCAAAACUUCAGGAACAACUCCACGAAAGGGAACAGGCUAUACAUGAUUUAGAAAGGAGAAUGGAAGAGAAAGAAAGGGAAUUGCAUGCCAUUAAAUUGGAUAAUGAAGCGGCCUGGGCCAAAGAGGACCUUCUCAGAGAACAAAACAAAGAAUUAGCAACAUAUAGAAGAGAGCGUGAUCAUUCAGAAGCUGAAAGGGCACAGCAUAUACAGAAAAUACGUGACCUUCAAGAACAUAUUCAAGAAAAAGAGAGGCAGAUUCUUGAGUUGCAGGAACAGCAUAGGGUUGAUCAGGAGACAAUAUUUUUGAAGGAUGAACAGGUGAAAGUCUGGAUUGCACGUGUUCAGGAGAUGGAUGCCUUGCAAUCUACUACAAAUCACUCAUUACAAGUUGAAUUACGAGAGCGUACAGAACAAUACAAUCAACUAUGGCUAGGUUGUCAAAGACAGUUAGCAGAAAUUGAGAGACUUCAUUUGCACACCAUACAACAGCUUCACCUUGAGCUAGCUGAUGCAAGAGAAAGGAAUGGAUCCUAUCCUGAUGAGUCACGCAUUUCUCAGACAAGCCCAAAGGAUGUAUCAAAUUUUGGACAAAACAAUGGAAACCAACUAGAUGUAAAUGGGAGUGGGGCAACAAGUGCUAAUAACGGAGCACUUCCAAAUGGGAAUGCAGAUAAUGCAUCAAACCAGACCAAUCAUGCUGCUGGUGUUCCAAUUGCUCCAUCGUCUUUACUCGGAAUGCCUACCUACCUUCCACCUGGACAGGUGGCUGCUCUGCAUCCAUUUCUUCUGCAUCAGCAGGGGAUUCCCCAUUCUGUGCCAUCACACGUUCCUCAAUCUCAUGUUGGGCAUUUUCAUUCGGUACCUGCAAUGUCAUCCCUUCCGAAGUGGCAGACCCAACAGGCUAUCUCAGAGGGUGGACAAUUGCCCACACAAAAUGAACUUGCAUCAUCCCAAAGUGAUCACAACCGUAUGAUAUCAGAUGCAAAGUACGAGUAUGAAAUAUCUGUUAGUGGACAGGACUUUCAUCCAGAUUAUUUAGAUGUUAACAUCAGCCAAGUAACGGAGCCUGAUUCAGUAAUCUCAUCAUCCACCGGGGAAGCACAGGUUUUUGAGUCUAUGGAUAGAAGUUAUUUAAUAUCCCCUCAGCCUGACCAGGGCUUACAGCAGAUUUCUUCACAUUUUAAUGAUUCCUUACGACUGAAUCCUCUUGAACAAAACAGCGAAACCAAGGAGCAAAAUGUUUUGAACUUGGGUGAUCAAGGAUUGGAUGGCCAAGUUUUGUCAGAAGAACAACCAAUUUCUUCUGCCAGUGCAUCACUGUCUGAAACAUCAAUGCAUUCAGUUAAUCUCAAUGAAGCCACAAUCAAUAAUGGUGCUGGUGUAGGUUUGUCUGAGGAACCGAUCUCAACUGGGCAGGCAAAUUCGGUGACUAUAGGAAAAAUUUCGGAGACUGUCCUUCUUGAUGAAAGAUCUCUGUUAGCUUGCAUAGUUCGCACAAUUCCUGCUGGUGGUAGAAUUCGGAUUAAUUCAACGCUGCCAAAUAGGCUAGGCAAGAUGCUUGCACCGUUGCAUUGGCAUGAUUACAAAAAAAAGUAUGGAAAGCUUGAUGACUUUGUGGCUGGUCACCCAGAACUGUUUUUGAUUGAAGGUGAGUACAUUCAGCUUCGAGAAGGAGCUCAAGAAAUGAUAGCUGCCACAGCAGCUGUUGCUAAAGUUGCUGCUGCUGCUGCAGCUGCAUCUGCUCCUUACUCGUCUUAUUUGCCUUCUGUGGCUGUUACUCCAAUGGCACAGUCUCACCGGCUCAAGAAGGUCCCAUCAAUUGAUCCCAAACAAUCUAAUGGUGUUAGUUUCGGUACUGCUGGAGGGCUCUCAAAUGUAAAAAUUUUGAGCAAAUCAAAAGAUGCUCAAGAACUGAAUGGCCCAGAUUUUGAUAGAUUAAAUGUAACCAUCACACAAAGCAAGAGUUCAGUACAUGGGAGGUCUAGUUUGAGCUUCGUUGGAAAGCAGCAGGGCAGGACAACUGGUGCUGCAGUAACCUCUGGAAGAUAGAGGACACCACAUGUAACUUUGGAUGUCAGCUGGUAUCUUAAUGGAGCUUAUAUAGGGAUGAUUUGAUGCAGACUGUUAUUGCUGAUUCAUAUUGCCAGCCAUCUUUUGCUUAAAAAGAAAUCCUAUAUUGGACUUCUCAUCUCGUUCUCUUUUGCUUUGAUGCUUUUUGAUAAAAAAAGAAAAACAGAAAAAGAAAAAACAGAACAUUUUAUUGUGGUUUAUGAUACAAGACAAAAUAUUCAACUCUGCAUUGAUAUUCAUGCACAAAAUUGCAUCUGUGCAUCUGAUAGCUAACUUAUGUGUUUGCCAGUCCUUUCAUGGAAGUGCUUCGGUUAAAUUGGCUGAGCUUCUUUAUUUUA